AUGCUAAAAUUCCAAGAGACUGCCAAGUGUGUGCGCGGAUCCACAGCCAUCUCCACGCACCCAGCUACCUUGAUUGGAGGAAGAUAUGUUCUUCGACAGAAACUUGGCAGCGGGAGUUUUGGAAUUGUCUAUCUGGUGUCAGACAAGAGAGCCAAACAGGGAGAGGAACUAAAGGUACUGAAGGAAAUUUCUGUUGGAGAAUUAAAUCCGAAUGAAACUGUACAGGCCAGAGUGGAGGCCCAGCUCCUCGCCAAGCUAAACCAUCCGGCCAUUGUCAAGUUCCAUGCAAGCUUUGUGGAGCAGGAUACUUUUUGCAUUAUCACAGAAUACUGUGAGGGCCGAGACCUGGACUGGAACAUUCAGGAGUACAAGGAAGCUGGGAAAAUCUUCCCUGAAGGUCAGAUAGUGGAGUGGUUUAUCCAGCUGUUGCUUGGAGUUGACUACAUGCACGAGAGGAGGAUACUCCAUCGAGAUUUGAAGUCAAAGAAUAUAUUUCUGAAAAAUAACCUACUUAAAAUUGGGGAUUUUGGAGUUUCUCGACUGCUAAUGGGAUCAUGUGAGCUGGCUACCACUUUAACUGGGACUCCCCACUACAUGAGUCCCGAGGCCCUGAAGCACCAAGGCUGCGAUGCCAAGUCUGACAUCUGGUCACUGGCAUGCAUUUUAUAUGAGAUAUGUUGCAUGGAUCAUGCAUUUGCUGGCUCCAGUUUCUUAUCUGUGGUUUUAAACAUUGUGGAAGGCAACACACCUUCACUCCCUGAGAGAUACCCACAAGAGCUAAACACCAUCAUGGAAAGCAUGUUGAACAAGAGUCCUUCACUGAGACCAUCUGCUGCAGAAGUUUUAAAACUCCCUUACAUUGAAGAGCAGCUUCAGUUUGACUGCGAGAUUGCAUGUUGGGGAAUGUUUAUUACUUAUAGGCAGGAAAAGAUUCACCUGCAGACUCUGCAAGCCCUGUCUGAAGUGCAGGAAAUGACACCGAGAGAAAGGAUGCGGCUGAGGAAACUGCAGACAGCUGAUGAAAAGGCCAAGAAGCUGAAGAAGAUUGUGGAAGACAAAUCUAAAGAGAACAACAAGCGGAUGCAAGAAUUGAGAUUCAGGAACUCAGAGCCUCUGAGUACUCACGUUCUCUGAAAAACACCCCAUUUAAUGAGAAUGGAAGAAAAGGAGGUGCAACCCUAGGGAAGGCUUUCUUGUUCACCCCAGGAGGAGGAGGAGGGAGAAAGGCACGCAGGCAGGGAAGAGGAAUUAGAUGAACAGACUUCAGAGAACCUGCCUGAGCCUCAGUCCCUUCCUUCUCUGGCCCUGGGUGAACUUGAGCCAAGUUUAGAGGACACCAUCGUUGACCUCGGACAUCAUGAGAUCCCAGAAGACCCCCUUCUUGCUGAAGAAUAUUAUGCUGAUGUGUUUGAUUCCUGUUCUGAAGAGAGUGAGGAGCAGGAGGGAGAAGCAAUGGUGUUCUCAGAAGCAGAGGGAGAAACGAGGGAGAGGGGAGCCCCACCUGCCUACAGAGCAAACCAACAGGACAGUGAUAUCGAAGCACUGGUCGAUUGUUUGGAAAACGUCCUGUGUUGCACCUCGCUAGGUAAGUCAGCUUCUUCAGGUUCCAAACUGUAGUGAUCUUUGCUGUUUCUAUUAGACUACCCAAGAAGUAGAAAGCUAUAU